AUGGCCAAGUCGGUGACGUUGAGUGCCCUCGGCGGCCUCUUGGGCGCCUCGUACCUCAGUGGUGCCUUCGUCACACCGACGGUUUCUCCAGCGCAGCCGGCCCCAGCCCUGCGCGGCGCAGCUUCCAUCGCCAGCGGAAACGGCGUGUCGCCCGUCACCGGGGCGGCGGCCACGGCGGUGGCAACGGCGGCAGUGGCGCUGGUGGCAUCCAGAAAGUCCAAAAAGACGAGCAGCGCGUUGGUCCUGUGCGCAGAGAAACCUUUCGCCGGUGGUCUGAUCGGUGGCGAGUCUGCCUUUGCCGGGCAGGAUUUCAACUUCGACCCCUUGGGCUUGGCGGUGAAGUGUGAAAAAUAUCUGCCCUGGUUCCGAGAGGCGGAGCUGAAGCACGGCCGAAUCGCCAUGUUGGCCUUCGUGGGCCUGGUGGUCCCCGACUUCGUCCGCAUCCCCGGACCGGAGGCCUGCUACGGCGCCAAGACCGUGGUGGACGCGCACAACGCCUGCGCCGGAGAUCCCUACUUUCCCUUCGUUCUGGAUGCGACGGACUUCUAUGGCAAGGAGGGACAUCAAGUGGGGCCCCUCUUCCAGGUCUUUGCAUUCUGCGGCCUCGUGGAGAUGCUGACGACCUUUGCCAAGACCAGCAACGUCUCCAACAAGCCUGGCCUCACACUCGAGAAUGCAGGCGACUAUCGACUGGGUGUGAAUUUUCUGCCCAAAGAUGAAGCAAAGGUGAAAGAGAUGAAACUCAAGGAGCUGAAGAACGGCCGCCUGGCCAUGGUGGCCUUCGGGGGGGCCAUCACCCAGGCCACUCUGACGGGCAACAGCUUCCCCUGGCUCUACGCCGAAGCCGAGACGUCAACGAGCUCGUCAAGGAGCACCCUGGCGGGGGCACAGCAGAAGCGCAGGUCCAAUGUGGCCCGAAAGGCAGAGAAGGGAUACAAGAUGAGUGCUGCCGUGCCAUUUCUGCCGAUGUCGCCCGCAUUGGAGGGUAUCCCAGGUGAAGAGGAGGGCUUCGACCCCAUGGGCUUCUCGCUGGCCAUCGACAUCCGCUGGCUCCGCGAAGCGGAGCUGAAGCACGGCCGCGUGGCGAUGCUGGCCACCGUGGGCUGGAUCACGACGGAUCUGGGUCUGCGGGUCCCGGGCGACGCCUUUCAGAUCUCCACCAUCGAGGCGCAUGACGCCAUGGUGAAGUUCGGCAGCAUGCCGCAGAUCUUGGUCUGGCUGGGCUACUUGGAACUCUUCGGAUUCCUGACGAUCAUCAACAUGCAGGAGGGCAAAACGGAUCGCAAGCCAGGUGACUUUGGCUUGCGAGGCUUUUACCCAGCCGAUGCCAAGGGCCAGUAUGAUAUGCAGCUCAAGGAGUUGCGCAACGGGCGCCUGGCCAUGUUGGCCUUCUCCGGAAUCGCCACCGUGGGAGUGUUGACGCAGGAGAAGUGGCCUUUCUUCGACGCCGUGGUCAACGCCGUUCCCGCUUCGCAGGAGGCAAGCAGCGCCCUUUGCGGCAGCGCUGGACUCACUGGCCGGAGCAGCACAGUGGCACGCCAUGCCAGCAGCAGCAAAUCCAUGCCCUUCCUGCCCAAACCGCAAAACCUUGGAGGUUUGGUGGGCUCCGACGCCGAGUUCGAUCCCCUUGGCUUCUCGGACACCUUCGACAUCAAGUGGCUGCGCGAGGCAGAGCUGAAGCAUGGACGAGUUUGCAUGUUGGCCACCAUCGGCUUCGUGGCGGAGCAAUACGUCCAGUUCCCAGGCUUCACGGCCGCGCCGGACGCCCUGCAAGCCAUCUACACCGCCCCAGUGAACAUGACCGCCCUUCUUCUCUUCGCGGCUGGAUACAUUGAGAGCUCAUCAUACAACGGCAAGCUGACCAUGCUGGACAUGUUUGAGGGCGAGGGUGCCAAGCGAGCCCCUGGAGAUCUGAACUUUGGCAAGAGAUUCCUUCCUGGGGACAAGGCAAAGGCAGAUGAUCUUGCUAUGAAGGAGCUGUCCAAUGGCAGAUUGGCCAUGCUGGCAUUCUCGGGCAUGGUCCACCACAACUUGGUGGUGAAGGGGCCUCUCUUCCCCUUGUUCCCGGAGGGCUGGGAGGGUCCCCAGGGCUCUUGGGAUUUAGACAGCACCGCCGGAGCCCUGAACAGCGGUCGCUUAGGACACGUCCGAGCCACGGGGGAGCUGCGGGGGGCGCUGGUGUUCUACGUCCAAGACUACAUUUUGGUGCCUUCCGACGACACUCGCCCCUUGCUCUGUGCUGCUGGGAUGACGCCCACAGGCUGCAAGUUGGACAAUCGCUACUUCGCGAAAUUUGACACGCCUUAUCCCAGCUGUGAGAAUUCCUCCUGUGAGGCGCCUCCCGAUGUCAGCGGCGUGGCCAACUUUGCGGCCUGGGAUCCGAUGAGGUCGACGGACAACAUCUACUGUCCCAACAUCUCGUCCAGCAAUCCUUUGGUUCACGGCGGCCUUUGUGCAGCACUGUGCCUUCCUGGAUGGAAGGUGGACGACCUCUUCCGCUGCCAACAGGGGCAGUUCCAGGCUCCCAGCUGCUGGAGACAAGAAUGCGAACUCUCGUCAGCGUUGAGCAAUGGCCGUCUGGAUUGCCAAGAAUACGGUGGCCCCUUCUUCGGUGCAACCUGCAAGUUGCUCUGCCGCGCUGGCUACGUUCCCUCGGGGCUGCAAAGCACUUGCAGCACCGAGUCGAUGAUGCCGGAGGCAGCUCCCACUUUCUUGCCACCAGUCAGCUGCACGCCCGGCUCCUGUGGCAACUACCAGUGGCUGGAGGGCGCCAGCAUUUCUUAUAGCAGCGACAGUCGGGAGAUUGCAGCCACCGCCUGGCUGACCUGCCUGCCUGGAUACUUUCCGGCGGGCUCCGCCUUCGGCUUAGAGAACCCGCUGCAGCUCAGGUGUGGUCCAGUGGUGCAAAAGGAAAACGAAGCGGAAGUGGAAUGGAAGCUGACCUACACAGGCGCACGCGCUGGUUUGAUCUGUGCACCCGAUGGCAUGGCGGUCUAUGACACGGUGGCCUUGCUGGGCUCCAUUCAACUCACGUUGAACCUUCCCAGCACCAUCACCGCGGACACCUUGUGCACGCAGUUCAAGGAGCGAUUUCUCAGCGAUCUCAGCUUAGCUUUGGUCAUGGCGCUCUCUUCCGCAGGGCAAGUGCCAUUGGAUGCGGAUGCGAUGAUGGCAGUCGACCUGGCCGCCUGCGGCCGGCGCCUGGCGGCACUGGCACUGGCCGAAUCGCCACGGCAGCUGCAAGAGGCGCUGGCGACGUCGGUGAACUUCACCGUGAAGGUGGCCAACGACGCCGAAGCGCUCAUGCUGCAGUUCGCUGUGACGGAUCCAGAUGCCAGCGAUGUGUUCAAACGCGUCUUCGCUCUGGCGUUGGUCUCUUCCUCUGGGAUUGAAGCCACAGGCAUUGUGACGUCUCGCAUGACGCGCGAUAUUCUGUAUCUAAUCGGCGAGCCAGACGGCACGCAAGUGUCUGUGGUCAAACCAGAUGGCGACAACAACACCGACAACGAGACGGAGACCAACGGAACAGGAGACGAGGACGACGAUUUCUUGAGCUCUCCUGCCUUCAUUGGCCUCGUUGCAGGGUGCA